UGUCCUCAUCCUACUCCACGCUGCCUGUCUUGUCCCACAUAUCAGUGAACUGUUUUCACACUGCUGAAAGGAAGAGGAGAUAUCUUCAGGCAUUGAAUAAGAAGGAGAGGGCGGAAAGGAGAAGGAGAGAGAAAGACAGCAUAAAGAGAAAAGAAGAGGAAAGAGGUCUCCGUAGUCCCUUUCCUUCCCCAAGCUGAAUCUCCACCGUGAAGAUGCUGAGAAUAGCCGGCGUGUUGGCUGUAAUGGCUCUGGGGAUGAGCGCUGCUCACACCAAAGUGAAUAAACACAAGCCAUGGAUUGAGACGUCGUACCAUGGGGUGAUUACUGAAAACACUGACAUCGUUCUGCUAGAUCCUCCUCUGGUGGCCCUGGACAAAGAUGCUCCUAUCCCCUACGCAGGGGAGAUCUGUGCAUUCAACAUUCACGGGCUGGAGGCUCCAUUCGAGGCAGUGGUUCUUAACGGCACAUCUGGUGAGGGCCAGCUGAGGGCCCGCGGCCUGGUGGACUGUGAGUUGCAGAAAGAAUACACCUUCAUCAUCCAGGCUCAUGACUGCGGUUCAGGUCCCGGUGGUACAGAAGGCAAGAAGUCCCACAAGGCUGUGGUGCACAUUCAGGUCAACGACAUGAAUGAGUUUGCCCCGGUGUUUCGGGAGCCCCAGUACCAUGCCUCAGUGACAGAGGGCAAAAUUUAUGACAGCAUCCUGCAGGUGGAGGCCACUGACCAGGACUGCUCCCCACAGUACAGCCAGAUCUGUAACUACCAGAUCAGCACCACCAACACACCCUUCGCUAUAGAUCGCAAUGGUAACAUCCGGAACACAGAGAAGCUGAGCUACGACCGCCAGCAGCAGUAUGAGAUCCAGGUGACGGCCUGGGACUGCGGCCAGAAGAGAGCCUUGCACAGUGUUCCUGUCCACAUUGAUGUCAAGCCUGUCUGCAAACCCGGCUGGCAAGGUUGGAAUAAACGAGUUGACUAUGAGCCAGGAACGGGCAGCAAGCAGCUUUUUCCUAAGAUGCACCUGGAGACCUGUGGCGGGGGGGGGGGGAAGGGCUGUGACCGGGAAACUUAUUCUGAGAAGUCUCUACAGAAACUUUGUGGGGCCUCAUCGGGCAGCACUGACCUUCUCCCUGCUCCCAGCGCUUCUACCAACUGGACAGCUUCUCUGGUGACUGACAGCGGGAGGGACAGUGACUUGAUAUUCAGGUUUGAUGGUCGUCAGGCAGCAAAAAUCCCAGACUGGGUGGUACCCCAGAAUCUGACAGACCAGUUCACCAUAGCUACAUGGAUGAAACAUGGGCCCAGUCCGGGGCUCAGAGCUGAGAAGGAAACCCUGCUGUGUAACUCGGACAAGACUGAAAUGAACCGUCAUCAUUACUCACUGUAUGUCCAUAAUUGCCGCCUGGUGUUUCUACUGAGGAGAGAUUUCACCCAGGUGGACACAUUCAGACCGGCUGAAUUCCACUGGAAGCUGGAGCAGAUCUGUGACAAGGAGUGGCAUUACUAUGUCAUCAAUGUAGAGUUCCCAGUGGUCACACUCUAUGUGGAUGGGGUGACUUACGACCCCUACCUGGUGACAGACGACUGGCCCAUCCACCCCUCACAGAUUGACGUGCAGCUGACAGUCGGUGCCUGCUGGCAAGGUGGGGAGGUGACCAAGUCGCGGUUCACUCAGUACUUCCGGGGCAGCCUGUCUGGACUGACUAUCCGACCAGGGAAGAUCGAGAGUCAGAAAGUUAUUUCUUGUCUGCAGGCCUGCAAAGAGGGACUGGACAUCAACUCCCUCGAGAGCCUGGAUAAGAGCAUAAAGUUCCACUUUAACCCUGCCCAGUCUAUUCUGGUAAUGGAGGGAGAGGAUUUGGACAACAUAAACGCUGCUGUGAGGAAAGUUUCCUACAUCAACUCACGACAGUUUCCCACACCAGGCAUCCGACGUCUGCACAUCUCCACCGCUGUCCAGUGUUUUGGUGAAGACACUUGUAUCACCAUCCCUGACAUCGAUGCGGUAGUGAUGGUGCUGCAGCCCAGUGAGCCCAGGAUUACCAUCACUGGAGUGGAACGACUGAGCUGGCCAGCCUCUGACCUCAGGGCGGCAGGAGGCGUAGCUCUGUUCCACGACCUCCACAUCAUUAGCACAGUGACCAGGACUGAUAUCACCACACAGCACACAGUACAUCGACCUGGAGUGCUGGAGGAGAUCAUACACAACUUGGACUAUUGUGAUGUCCUGGUGCUGGGGGAGGAGCUGAGGGCAGGCCAGGAGUCUCUCCAACUGCAGCGAAGCGCCCUGCUUGGAAAGCACCUCGACGCCACCAACUCCACCUCUGGCAUGUCAAUAUACGGUGUAGACUCCAUGUCCAAUUAUGAACAGGUGAUCAGACAGGUACGCUAUUAUAACUGGCGGCCCGCACAGCUAACAGAGAGAAGGUUUCGCCUCACCUGCUCAGAGCUCAAUGGACGCUACACCAGCAACGAGUUCAACCUGGAGGUCAGCGUGCUGCAUAACUCAGAAACUGUAGAACAUGUCAAUCACAUGGUCGCGUCGCCACAGUACAUGCAGGCAGUCCACCAUCCAUCGAUGAUCCACGACCUGUAUCCAAGCCACAGUUCAGGUGUGCCGAGUGCUGCCACCGUGGUAAUUGUAAUGUGUAUUACUGCCUUGGUAGUCGUAGUGGUGCUGGGGAUUUACCGCAUCCACCUCACCCACCAGCAGGAGGUCAAGCUGGUGGAGACGGCUAAAGAGGCAGAUGCGCCCUGGGACGAUUCAGCUCUGACGAUCACUGUCAAUCCAAUGGAGAACCUGGAGGAGACCCAGGCUGCAGAGGAGGAGGUCACCGAGGAGGAGGAGGAAGACGAAGAAGAGGAUGACGAUGAUGAUGAGGAAGAAGAGGAUGACAUCACCAGCGCUGAGUCAGAUGACAGUGAGGAGGAAGUGGAUGUCCAGUUACCCAGGAUGCAAAGCCUGAGCAAAAAAGGCCAAAACUGGGACAAAACAACAAUAUCUUAUUGAAACACAUCGUCAUUCCCUUACACAUUCUGCAACAAGCCCAUACUGAAACCUCAAAUUAGAUGGUUGAAACACAAAAAAACUGAUGUUGAUGCUCUAAAAAUGAGGUAAUGUCUCCCCCUACUGGAGUGCAAUGAUCUAACAAUAGCCUUGUUAGCCCCCCCAUUUUAUACAGUGGAUAAUGACAUUAGAACUGCUCAUCGAUUCAAAAAAUGGACAGCUUGCCAAAUUUAGGUCAUUCCCAGAGAGAUGUUUUUCCUUGAAUGAUCUCUCUCCCAUUACAGUCUACAGUACAACUACAGUCCUUAAUGAAAUAAAGUUGUUUGAAUCUCAUUUUAUCAGUUGAGCCCUGCACCAUAGGUUCAGUUUGAUGUCAGAUUUCACAGUAAGAUUUCUGAUGUCCCAUAAAAAAAUGCAAAAUAGUCUUAACCUAAGGAAAGUGAGUUGCAAAAGUAAAGAAACUGACUAUUUUUGGUUUCUAUACUUCCUGUUAUUUAUCAGUCUUUAUGCUAGCCUAUAGGGCAAAGCCAGGUGAUUUUACAAAAAUAGAAUAUUUUCAAUGGUACUCAAAAACAAACAAAAGGACAAAAAAACAUGCUCAGUGUGCUGUCGCAGGCGUCACGUUGAACUUUUUGGGAAAGACGGAGGUCACCUUGUACAUUUUGUAUGCUCCUUUCUUGUAAAUAUUGAGUAUAGUAGAUGACCGUGCCCAACCCCACUUUGUCCACCCAGAGAACACACAUGCCACCUCUUCACAUGUACGUGCACACCCUGAACCCUUGUCUUUACAGAACCGACCCCUCAGCCCCCCCCCCC